AUGAAAUGGCUGCUAAUCGAAAAUGACAAUUUGAACAACAUCAUCAAUAACAAUUCCGGACUCACCGGUGGGAUCGUUAGUGUAAACGACUACAAAAAUAAAAACAGUUAUAAUAAUAGUUGUAGUACUAGUAAAACAUCCUCAAUACAAGCAACCUGUUCGCCGGUGCAAUCAACCACAACUGUGAUCAUACCGCAAACCUCUACCGGAAUAUCCACGGCGACUGAAAUGGGGGCGUCACUGGCUGAGCGCUUGGUGGCUGCCGUUGGUGUGGGAGUCGCAGUGGAAGCGCUGUCCGUGCCGACAUCAACGAAUGCAGCGAUGACAGCAGCAGGCUCGGUAAAUACGGUUACCACUCUGUGUGGUCAGUGCUGCAGCCCCAUCUGCGAUCGAUAUAUAAUGAAAGUGGCGGACAUAUCAUACCAUGAGCGCUGUUUGCAGUGCACAUCCUGUGCCAUCCGGUUGAUGCAUUCAUGUUUCAUGAGGGACGGGAAAUUGUAUUGCCGAUUCGACUAUGAAAGGCUGUUUGGUCGAAACAGAUGUCUUGGAUGUGGCGAAAAGAUUAGUGCAGACGAGCUGGUAAUGCGAGCACUUGAUAACGUUUUUCAUCUUAAAUGUUUCAUCUGUGUUGUAUGCGGUGUCCGCCUCCAGAAAGGCGAUCAAUAUAUCAUCAAGCAGAGCCAGUUGUUUUGUCGGCCGGACUAUGAGAAGGAGGUAGAAAUGUUCCAGGGAUAUAGUUACGAUGAUUAUUGCUGUGACGAUAUUUUUCAAACAAGGAUUGAUGGACGAAGGGGUCCUAAACGACCACGAACUAUACUUACUACUCAACAACGAAGGGCUUUUAAAGCAUCGUUUGAAGUUUCACCAAAACCUUGCCGGAAAAUCCGCGAGGGACUAGCCAAAGACACUGGUUUAAGCAUACGCAUAGUACAGGUAUGGUUCCAGAAUCAACGAGCAAAAAUGAAAAAAAUUCAGAAAAAACAGAUGAAGGAGGGUAAUAAAGGAAACCAUAACAGCAACAGUAAGGGUAACGAAUCUCAGGACGAACUAUCGGAAAACGAAACUAAACUUUCGAUGAAAAUUAAGGACGAAAAUUCAAGAUCAAACAAUUAUCUUCACGAUAGCUGUAGUGAUACUGAAGGAGGAAUUAAUGACAAUGAUUCUUUCGGAUCACGCAUAAGUUCCGGUGCGGAAGCAUUCAAGCCAGUUAAAGAGGAACUAGAUAUGGACGAAGAAUAUUUUCGAAUGAUGACGGCGGCUGCGCGCUUCACAGGAAAAGGAUUCGAAGAUCCAUCGACAGCUGUAAAAAGCGAAAAUAUUCCACUCAACGCAAUGAUGGGCAUGGAGUACCCUUCGUUGCAACAACUGACAACAUCGAUGACCCCACCACAUGCUCAGCUGUUGAACCCGAUCGAUCGUCUGUAUUCUAUGCAAAACUCUUAUUUUUGCAGUUUGGAUGGCCACCAACCGGGAAGCAGUGGCGGAAAUAGUAAUACCGCUGACCUUCCGUUACCGAGCAGCCAUAUGCACCAUCAUUCCAAUCCGCUGCACAUAGGACUGUCAAGCACUCUCCACGAGCAUCACCAGGAUUCUCCCGUAAACACCGUAACAGCAGCUGGCGGUGAACCAGGUAUGCAGCAGCCACUACCUACGCAUCACGGAAAUCACGGUCAACCGUUAAAUGCCAUUCAACAGCAUCCUGCUCAUCAGCACACACAACAGCACCUGUAA